AUGAAUCCACUAUUGGCCUGGUUGAUUUGCGGCGCGGGUGCCCUGGAGGUGGGGGUGCCGGAAAGGUUCCUGCCACCGAGGAACUACAACCCUCACCCUUACACGGACCCCAGAGCGGCCAUCGUGCAGCUGCGGGCCAUCGAAGACCUCCCAGAACACCCGUACGCUCUCUUCAGGAGGCCGCCAUCGAGGAGGGACGAGGACACCGCCCCCAUCCAGUUCCCCAAGGUGCCAGAGGCAGCCACUCCACAGCCGCCUCCCAGGCUCAAACCUGCCAAUGUGAAGCACCCCCUCAACGUGAACAGGGGAAGGCAGUUCCCUCCUCUACUCAGUCUGGAACAGAAACAAAAGAAGAAAUAUGCCUUCUCUUAUGCUGUAAGAGAUAGAAGUUCAGGCGACGAUUUCUCUCAUAGCCAGGCGAGAAGCGGCGCUCAAACGAAAGGAGAGUACAGGGUGAAACUGCCGGACGGAAGGACACAGAUCGUGAGUUACACCGCCGAUCAUCAGGGCUAUAGGGCCGAUGUCAGGUAUGACGAAGAAAACUUCGUAGAACCUCCAUCCACUCCUGUCUUCAAACAGUCCUUGUACAAACCUAUCUACAAGCCCGCUCAAACUAUCAGGCCAGCUUACAAGGCGGUCUACCUCGACUACGAUGACUUGUUCCCUAAACCGCAGAGGGAAUACACCCCGAUCCACGAGGAGGACUACGGAGAUGUGGAUGCCAACACCGUCUCAACCACGCCGAGGUACUCCAACGAGGCUAAGGCGUUCACAGCAACAGCAACGGCAAAGUACAUCCCCAGCGGCACCCCGAGGUACGUCGAGACGUUCGUGGCCAACGCGGUAGGGAGCACGCCUUCUUCGAUAAACACUCAGCAAUUCUACAUCACCACACCUUCUCCUUCCAAGUACUUCGUAGAUGCGGAUGGGCAGCUCUUCAGGCAGUAGGAACCUAGAUACCUCUCUAUCAUAUAACUUAAUAACUAUGGCUCGUAAUGCUAUAUGAUUCCAGUUACCAAUUAUUGGUCUAGUCUGACAACUAGCCAUAAUAAGGACAAGUUUGCUUCUGGAUUUUUUUUUCCAAACAGAUCAGAAAAAUUUAGAAACCCCACAAGCAAACGUCUAAAAAACAAUUCUUCGAAGAAAAUGUCAUAACAUAGUAAAAUGUUUAAAAUGAAAUAUUAUUAUGAAAAUAAUUCUGUAUAAUGUUCAAAUAGUAAGAUGCGUUUUUUUUUUCGUAAUUAUUUCAGGGUAAUAAUUAAUAAUAGAACGUAAGAUAUUCGUUCAAGCAAGAAUAAUUCAUUACAUGAAUGGUCACAAAACCGGAGAUCAUUAAGUAAAACACAAAAACUAAAAGGAUAAACCUAAAAUUCAUGUAAAUACUAGUAUAGCUGCAAUUAUGUUUAUUCUUCAUUUAAUUUAUAUGAAACAAGUAAUUCUAUCGGUCAUAUGGCGUAUUAGUAAUAAUUUUUCUUCUAUUCCUUAUUUUUAUAUUAUUGGAAUUCCGUAAUCCAUCAGAGAAUAUAGCCUUAAAAGAAUAAAAAUAGACAGUAACAAGUAAAGAAAAAGAUACGGAAUCUAACCUCAUACUGCACUUUCGUCAAUAUAAAAGUAACCCUACCAAAAUCAUAUUAAAAAAUAGCUUAUAUUUUCAUAUUUCGAUCUGCCCUGGUACAGAUUAUUUUAACUUAAAAAAAUGUUAACAGUGUUCUAUAUCCUCAAGUUACGGAUAAAGCUGAGCUAAAUAAAAGCCAUGAUAUACAUAAAAUAAAUCUUAAAAUAUUUAAAAAAAAAACUUAUUUAGUUACCUGAGUAUGGUAUAAUACUUUUCAAACGUUCCCUUGAAAAUAUAUAUUCAUAGAUUAGAUUAAUUUCGUUAAUGGUGUAGAUAAUAAUCGCGAGCUACCUGAGAAAAUAUUUAAAACGUCGUAUUCCUUAAAAAAAUAAAAUUUAUUAUUUUUUUCGGCGCUUUUCACCAACAAUUGUAUUAAUUUAUUCAUGUUUCAAUGAAUUUAAUAUGAUAAAAAAAACAUCAAUUUUUUUAUGUUAAAUAUAAUUUUCACUAAUAACUAAAUUAUGUUGUAAUAGAAUAGAUUUCGCUACCACGAUCCAAUUUGUAAGUCUGGUUUUUCAACUAUUCACUAUUGUAGAUAACCUUAUAUUUAUAUUUUUUUAAUGUAUAUUUAUAUCAUGUUAUAUGUUUUACCUAGUGUCAAAAUAUUGUGAUAUAAUAAGAACACUCUUUACAUAUUGAAAUAAUUAUCCUAAUAGCUUAAGUUAUUUGUAUCGAAAUUAUAAUACUAAUUAAAAAUAAUAAUGGGGUACAACAAAAAAGUUGUAUUGAUACUUAAUGCUCAUGUUUUUAUAUUACUUUUAUUCUUUUCUUUUUUUUUAAUAGCAUUUUCGAUACAAAUAAUUAAGAAAUAAAAAAUAUUAUUUGAAUAUGUAGGUAACACAUUGC